CCUUCAUCGAACUUUGUAGAUUUUGCUGUUGCUCGUGACAAUCCUCGCUUCUCAGGCUGAAGCCAACUCUAACUAGUUGUUGUAGCCGAGUGUAUUAAAUAGAAUGGCCAGGGCACAGGUUGAGCGCUGGGCUGCGGAACACCCAACAGCGCCACGUGUUGGCAAGUUUUUUGAGGUUCCCCUCAGCUAUGUUUUCCCUCGCGUUGCGGCCGGCCUCGCCGCUGCUGGCGCGUUGUGGUACCUGAAUGAGGCUUUGUUCUGGACCCACAAGCCCGAGAGCCUUUCGCCUGAGUUCCUUGAGGAGAAGAAGAAGAUUGGCGACGUUGCGCAACGCAUGAAUGGUCCGCCGGUCUACCUGAACCCCUUCUCCAACCGGAUACCUGGCAGCAUUUUGGGCCCUGAGGACGUGAAGGAUGCUUGAAACGUCUUGACUGUGUCAUGAUGCGCGAGGGGGGUCUCGUUUGGUCCACGGUUUAGUGGUCCACGGCGCAACGUCGCGUUCGGCUUAUCUUUUUUAAGGUUCAUGGUGUUUGCAACGGCUCCGUAACAGGUGGCGGGGAGCGGUUACGAUGCCCUGUGGUUGCUUACACACGUUAGGGUAGCUUUUGGGGCAAGGGGCUUUUGGGGCGAGAGCGAACUUGCAAAUAAUGGUGGGGUGGUUGGGUUUAGGGGUUACGUGGCAAUUCCCCUUCUGUAACAUUCAUACACAUAC